AUCGUUCCUUUCCUCUACCAUCGCUGUUUGCAAUUGGGCGGUUAUUCGCCGUAAGCUUUCCAUUACCCCUCAUUCUUGCUUUAUCCCCCUGCUUUCCCCUGCUUUCCCCUUCCCAGACUUGAUUUCCCCCCAAUUCUUUGGUUAGCCGCGUCCACCGCCAGAUCAUCGGGAACAGACACAAAGAAAGGAAACAAGGCGGAAAAAAAGAAAGAAAAGAGAGGAAUUAAUCCUUAUUAUCCUUAUUCUAUCACUGGUCUUUACAUUUUCAACCACUUCACUUCGAAACAAAGAGGAAAAAGCUAAUAAGGCAAAAAAAAAGUAUAAUACUGUUUUGAGGUUCCCCUAACUUUCCGAAAUAAAAUCUCGUACGCGUUAUAAUGCCUGGUUCUGCUCAACACUAUUCGCCCCCUCGUCACUCUGGCGGACGCUAUCCCCGGCACAAUCAACAUCGAGGAAGAAGAAGAAGUACCGAGAGGGAUAGGGAACGGGACAGAAGGAUGUCAGAGGAAGACACUGUUAGCUAUUCGCCCGAUAUUCCACGCUUUUCGGCAGGCAGCGGUACCGCCGUCGAGGAAACUCUUCAGGCAGAUUAUCAUUCCGCUAGAAACUCGAGGUUAUCGACCGCUAGCUCUGAGGUGAAUAAGAAAUUCUUAAUCCGCUGAUGCAAGCGUUGACUACAACGAAUAUGAGGAGUUGCUGUCAAAAUUGGAUUGAUCAAUGAUAUCAAUACAAUCGAACACAAGAAAAAGAGAGCGAUGGACAAAGAGGGCUGACUCGAUUUGAUAAUUUCUGGCCAACGGGUCAGCGGCAGGAAGCAUUCACAAAUAUUUGCGAAACCGCUUGCGAUCAACAGCAUCCUCAGUCCACCAGGAAAAAGGCCUUGUCUUAUCUAUUUGAGUUAUUCUCACAAUUCGGAACCACAUGGUCAGCUAAUAGGAUUUCUCACCUUCUCAAUGAUCCUACAACGAACUCUGAAGUCAUCCUCCUCCCUCCAUUGGCCUUUUUCUUUUUUCCCUUUUCUCCUCUAACGCGCGCCCGAUAGAUCCACAACUUAAUAAUUGGCAAUGCGCACUUGAUAAUCUCGAAAGCCACUUCGGGGUCAUUCGACGCUUUGAUAAGCACCGUUGCCGGAAGCCUUUCGGCUCUGACCACAUCAGACUCCCAGGCCCACCGGACAGCACUUUAUCUGGUCAGAUAUCAUCCCGAGGACUUUUUCGGCUCGCUCUUUUCUUCAACCAAUAUCGAAAGGGGGUCCCUGAAAUGGGUUGCAAGGUCGUACCCUCAACUCAGGUCGGAAGUCUUUCCUGACUACCCCCGGGCUGAGGAGGAAUUAACGAGAUAUCUUGGUCUUGCAUCCGCUCGACUUAAUGAGGCCGUCGGCAAAGCAAUUACUGCCCUUGAUGCGCUAGGAUCGAUCAAGCCCGUCUUGGAGAUGUUGUCGGAGCUCCUGAGGGUCCCCGGGGAGGCUGGGGUUGUGGUUGUCGGAACGGCAGUUGGUUCUUUCCAGAAUCGGAUAAGCCAUCUGACCCCUUUACUGGAACUUGGGCGCAGGGAUGGUGAUGACCGCUUGCUGGGGGAUCACAAUAGUAUACCCCCUGUGGACGGUAGCGUCAAGGACCAUCCACACUCUGCGCCAGUUACUCCACUUAAGAGGGGGUUUGAGGGGUCCCAGGGCUCAUCCGAGGCCAAGCGUAGUCGAUACGAUCAGGAGACCAACAGUCCCCGAGCUCCAAGGGACAGCCGGCCGCCGCCUCGUGGGGCUCAUAGUGGUGUGAGCACUGGGCAUUACAGGGGUGGCUACCAAGGCAGAAACUAUGUUCCCGGAUACAGAACAAGGGGUAAUAGUGGUGGCGGUAGGUACCGGGGUGCUGGGGGUGGAGGAGACUAUUAUAGGUCUCAUAAUUCCAGAUCGAGGUACGCUCCGCGCGAGUCGGAUCAUGGGAGCAAUAGGGCUUUUCAUGAUUAGGGCAUCUCAUAUAUUCUUCCCUUGUAUUAAAUACACCCUGUCCGUUUACUAUUAUUACCUCUAACGUCUAUUGAUCUGCUGCUUUUCCGGGCGAGAUGGGGGCGAGUGAUCUGUUGUGCACCCGAUUUUACUACUUUAUUUCUCUUUUUUCUGGCCCCUCUUAGUUCUUUCUGGCGAUAAGGGAUAAGGUGCUUAUGCCCUUUGCCAUUUAUUUACUUUUCUCUUGCUCUAUAUGAUAUCAUACGACCCGGACGCUCCGUAUCCCUAUCCUGUGGGAUGUUUCGAUUCCCGUUCUCGAGGAGUACAACAUUCAGGGCGAGAAUAGAUAUUUAACGUCGCU